AUCACAUCUCAUCCAUUCUGUGUGACUAGGUAAAAGAUGAGCAUCACAGACGUGCUUAGUGCUGAUGACAUUGCAGCUGCCCUGCAGGAAUGCCAAGAUCCAGAUACUUUUGAGCCCCAAAAAUUCUUCCAGACAUCAGGCCUCUCCAAGAUGUCAGCCAGUCAGGUGAAGGAUGUUUUCCGGUUCAUAGACAAUGACCAGAGCGGCUACCUGGAUGAAGAAGAGCUUAAGUUUUUCCUGCAGAAAUUUGAGAGUGGUGCUAGAGAGCUCACCGAGUCAGAAACCAAAUCUUUGAUGGCCGCUGCAGAUAAUGAUGGAGACGGAAAAAUUGGGGCUGAUGAAUUCCAGGAAAUGGUGCAUUCUUAAAAGCCCCAGUCUAUGGAGAAAAGAGAGGAAGGGACACUCAGCUGGAAGGCCUACAAAACCCUGGGAAUGGGAAGCCCCACAUCC